AAGAGCCAGGACCUGUACAGUCCCGUUAUACUCGGUCAGAGCUAGGAGCGUUACAAUCCCGUUAUACUCGGGUAGAGCGAGGCGCUCCGAAUAGCGGUUUGAGGAAUGAGGCGGAAAAGGCGAGGAGAACAUGUACACAGGACUUGUCUAAACGCAAAUGCUUUGAUAUGGAAGAUGUGUUUGUUGCUGAGAUGGUGGAUUCCUGUACUAUUCCUGACAGAUCUCCCAUCAAGCUCAGCCAUCCAGGUCUCCUCUCGUGAAGACAAGAAGUAUGCCACGCUGUUCCAGUCGGUGGUCCUGCCGUGUCAAUACUCCAGCAUGUCCACCCAGACGCCUGUGAUCCAAUGGUGGUACAAGUCUUACUGCCGCGACCGCACCCGCGACGCCUUCAGCUUCCCGGAGGGCCUGGGGGUAAGGGGCUCCUCGUCCCAUCUAGACUGCUCCGAUUCUAGCCGCACCGUCCGCGUGGUGGCCUCCGUCACCGGAUCCUCCAUCACCCUGGCCGAGCACUACAAGGGCAGAGAUAUUACUAUCAUCAACAAGGCUGACCUGCGUAUCGGGGAGCUCCAGUGGGGAGACAGUGGGGUUUACCUGUGUAAGGUGAUCAUCUCUGACGACCUCGAGGGCAGGAAUGAGGCCCCUGUGGAGCUUCUGGUGUUGGGUAAGACAGGUACAGGUGUGUCAGAUGAUCUCCUGCCUGACUUUGAUGUGAAGAUUAUGCCAGAAUGGGCCUUUGUGGGCUCGGUAGCCCUGGGUAUUAUCCUGUUCAUCUUGCUGUUUGGUGUAUGUUGGUGCCAGUGCUGUCCUCACUCCUGCUGCUGUUAUGUGUCCUGUUGGUGCUGCCCUGAGACCUGCUGCUGCCCACGACACUUGUACGAGGCAGGAAAGGGGUUGAGGAGCAGGGCUUCGUCCCCCCAGAUCGCUGUCUAUCCACCCUACUACGUACCUGGGGUCCCGGCCAUGGUCCCCAUCGCUCCCCCCUCUCUGGUGGACACCACGAUGAUGUCCGCUCCCCCCUCUGUGUCAGAGAACAGCGCAGCUGGAGUGCGGCCUGUGUACCGGCUGCAGUCUACUCUGGAUCAGUCCUCUCUGGGUCAGGACUCUCUGAAGGUGUUGCAGCACGUAGAGAAACAGCUGGCUCUUUUCCACCCGGCCAAGUCCCAGAGCCACGACUCCUGCAGUAUCUCAGAGCUCAGUUCUCUCCAUGAGGUGGAUACAGGGUGUUUCCGUCAGUCUUACCGCCAGAUACAGAAGAAUGCCCUGCCAGCCAUCCCUGACCACGACCGUGACCUGGAAGACAUCCCUGACCUCCAUCAUCCCUCGUCCUCCUCUCAGACCCGUCGCCCCACACGCUACCAGCACCGCCGCAACCGCAGCAUUGAGGAGGACCAUCAUCAUGAUAAUAACAGCAGGUGGAACCCUCGUUCAGAGCACCUGCAGCGUAAGGCCUUCCUCCUGGGUGGGAAGUCAGGCUCUCUGGAUGAGCUGGAGGAGUUUUCCCAGUGCUACAGACAGAGAGGCCCCAGGGAGGAGCUCACUGUCAGGGACAUCAGAGACACCGACCAGGAGUACGAGAGACUGGAGCUGCGGGAACGAGAAGGUGACCGGGAUAGGGAUCGAGAUCGGGAAUACUGUCCGUCUUCUUACCGGGACAAGACGACGAAACGUGGUUACCGUGACAACAGAGAUCGCGAUGACCGCGCAGAGACUUGGCGAGAACGAGAUCGCCAAGAGGAUUGUCAUGGAGAUCGUCAGGGAAACCGACAACGCAGUCCGCCACCCUCGCCCAAGAAGAGACGGGGCACGUGGGACAACGAGUUGGAGCAGCGCCCCCCUAAACCCCCCGCCCCACCUCCCCCUCCUCGCCAGAGCCCCCGGGGGCGGGACUACGAUGACGAACUCCUGAGCUCUCUUUUGGAGCGCAAGACCAGACGGGGUGGGGCCAGUGACAGUGGAGGUGAUAGGGGCAGGGGAGGGGGGCGCAGCGAAGAGGACACGCCCUCAGACACACCCUCUAAGGGUUCUAAGGGUUCUAAGAAGAGCAGCGGCAGUGGCGGCGAGCGUCACCAUAGCCGUUGUCCUAGCAACAGGGAGGUGGAGUUGGUAUUAGACUCACGGGGAGAAGACUCUCUACCCCCGUACUGCCAGACUGCGUUAGAGCGGUUCAGAGCCGCUGAGCGCCCCUCCCCCUCCCCUCGCCCCUCCACCCAUUCUUCCCGCCCCUCCAACGGAGGCUCCACCCAUAGCCACGCCCAUACCCUACAGCAGGAGAGCGGAGAGGAGCGGGAUAAGCCCCGGAAAGUGGUAUGGAGGCUCACCUUAACAGAUAUACUGUGACUCAGAGCACUCUUCUUAGCAGAGAUUCUCUCAUAGUUUGAUGCCUGGAGAGGACACAUACAGACACUGGGAAAGACACUGGGAAUCAUCCUCUACCCCCCCAUCACCCCACCCUGGGGAUCAUCCUCUACCCCCCCCCAUCACCCCACACUGGGGAUCAUCCUCUACCCCCCCAUCACCCCACACUGGGGAGGAGAGAACCCCAUGGAGAGGUCAGUGACCAGCAGAGGGAAUGGCUACCUCUGACUGACAGGCAGUACAUCCACUGGACUGACCAUGGCACAGGGCGUGGGACGGUCUGAUCAGGCUUCAGAUACACAUCAAUCACCAUGACCUAAGAAGAAGAGUAAUGUUCAGGGCUGUGACAAAGACCUCUGGAUGCACAGGACAAAUAGCACUGUGUGUGUGUGUAUUGGUGGAUGUGUGUAUUGGUGUGUGCGUGUGAGACGAAGUAUGGUGCUUAUUCCUGUCUGCUCUUUUGUGUGUCAGAGUGAAUAGUUUCUCCAUCUCCCUGUCUUCUCCAUUCUAUUCUCCUCUCUCACUAACAACACACACUGAAUGACGAUGUCAUUCCGGAGUUUCUGCCACUGCCACCUCUACACAGUGCAACGCUCUCUCUGUGAAGUCGCUGAAUGAUGAUGUCACUCUGGAGUUUCUGCCACUGCCUGCACCACCACCACUGCCCAGUCACGGUGGAAGACCGCCGUUGACACAACGUUUGGAUUCUGUAGUGUGGAUGGUGUGGAUCCCCCGUACCAUUGUGUUUUUCAGAGCCAUUGUAAAGCACCUGUUGGCCUUGUUUGGCCUUGACUCUGUGGAUAGAGGACACAGUGUUUCUAAAUCAUUGUGUUUAAUGCAAUGAUACAAUGUGGGUUAUACCCAGUAAGUUUGGACUAGAGGGUACUACUAACAGAGCCGGGGAGAGAAACUGGAACUUUAGGGACGGCAGGUAGCUUAGCGGUUAAGAGCGAAAGGUCAGUGGUUCAAAUCCCCGAGCCGACUAGGUGAAAAGAAAUGUGUUGAUGUGCCCUUGAGCAAGGCACUUAACCCUAAUCGCUCCUGUAAGUCGCUCUGGAUAAGAGCGUCUGCUAAAUGACGUAUAUGUACUGGGUUGUGAUUGUGUGCCAUCUGUCCUUCCAAGACUGUAUUGGUUUGUAAUAGUUUUAUACAUAGUUUAUCAACUCUGCCUGUCUCUGUGAUGAGUCAUGUUGUGAUUAUGUGCCAUCUGUCCUUCCAAGACUGUAUUGGUUUAUAAUAGUUUUAUUCAUAGUUUAUCAACUCUGCCUGUCUCUGUGAUGAGUCAUGUUGUGAUUACAAAGCAGUAAAUGAUUGUGCAAGUGGAACUGAAAGCACUUGUGGGUAUGUCUGUGUGUGUUUAAGAUACGAUAACCAAGGUGUGUUUAGUUUUCUUAUCAUUGUUGUGUAAACCGCUAAACACACAACUUUAUCUCCACUCAUUAGCACUUACACACACACACACACACACACACACACACACACACACACACACACACACACACACACACACACACACUGGCUAUCAACUUACCACAGCUCUUUCUUACGCCUGAAAAACUUGUAGAAGAAUUUGUUACAAUUGUUCAUGUUUAGUGUUGUUUUUUUCCACUUCUUUCAGUGUAGUUAUUGUUCAUAGCUUUUGUGCUUUUCUAUGUUAUUUUCUUUCUAUGCUUGUUCUAUGUCAUCGUGUUCCUGUGUGUCAAUGAGACGGUUGUUUCACAGCCCAGCUCCCUGUCUGUCAAUGAGACGUUGUUUCACUGAGUUGAAGUCAUAGGCGACAGGCAACAAUGGCUUUGUCUAUUUAUGAUCAUCACCAACUGACUGUUACUCUAAGAGAUCUGGUAAUCACUCACACACACACACACACACACACACACACACACACACACACACACACACACACACACACACACACACACACACACACACACACACACACACACAGUCUGAAAACAGACAGUAUCUUGGAAAGUCCAUGUUGGUGAACACUAAACUGUGGCAGGGUAGCCUAGUGGUUAGGGCGUUGGACGAGUAACCGAAAGGUUGCAAGUUCAAAUCCCCGAGCUGACAAGGUACAAAUCUGUCGUUCUGCCCCUGAACAGGCAGUUAACCCACUGUUCCAAGGCCGUCAUUGAAAAUAAGAAUUUGUUCUUAACUGACUUGCCUAGUUAAAUAAAAGGUAAAAUAAAUAAACACUUAAGUUGUAUUUCUCCUUUAGGUUACCUUGUUAUAAUAAAUUAUACAAUAACUGGGGCUUUUUGCAAUAACACUUACCGUCCGUUACAAACGAAUGCCUAAUGAACUAUUUAUCAUUUAACUCCAGAGACGCAGUUUAACCACAGCCUUUACCUCAAAUACUGUUGACCAGACAGCUUCAAUCUCAUUCAAUAAAGUCUACUUAAUCUACA